CUCGGAGUGAGCUAGCUGCUUCUCAGGCCAGGCACGACAGCAGUGCUAGCAAAUUUGAGAAAGCAGGAAACAGCCACUGCAUGCAGAGCUGCCAGCCUUACAACUCCCCUGGCUAGUCUUCCCAGCAGCUGUGUAGCCAGAGACUCUUGGUACCGUGGUCACAUCCCUCCUCAAAAGUGAACGGUCACCGUUGGCGACAUUGGGAGGAAGCCGUGAUGUUGCAGAUGCUGUGGCAUUUUCUGUCUAGCUUCUUCCCAAGGGCUGGGUGCCAAGGAUCCAGAGAGGGGAGUGAUAACGAAGUCACAGGCACCCCGGCUCCAGCUCGGGGAGACCAGAUGCCAAGCUUUUUGGGGAAACAGAACGGAAGGGCUGAGGCCACGGAAAGGAGACCCACCAUUUUGCUGGUGGUCGGACCUGCAGAGCAGUUUCCUAAGAAAAUUGUACAAGCUGGUGACAAAGACCUCGAUGGACAGCUAGACUUUGAAGAAUUUGUCCAUUAUCUCCAAGAUCACGAGAAGAAGCUGAGGCUGGUGUUCAAGAGUUUGGACAAAAAGAAUGAUGGGCGGAUUGACGCGCAGGAGAUCAUGCAGUCCCUGCGGGACCUGGGAGUCAAGAUAUCUGAACAGCAGGCAGAAAAAAUUCUCAAGAGAAUACGAACGGGCCACUUCUGGGGCCCUGUCACCUACAUGGACAAGAACGGCACCAUGACCAUCGACUGGAACGAGUGGAGAGACUACCACCUCCUGCAUCCCGUGGAAAACAUCCCCGAGAUCAUCCUGUACUGGAAACAUUCCACGAUCUUUGAUGUAGGUGAGAAUCUGACAGUCCCCGAUGAGUUCACAAUGGAGGAGAGGCAGACGGGGAUGUGGUGGAGACACCUGGUGGCCGGCGGUGGGGCGGGGGCCGUAUCCAGAACCUGUACGGCCCCCCUGGACAGACUCAAGGUGCUCAUGCAGGUCCAUGCCUCCCGCAGCAACAACAUGUGCAUCGUGGGUGGGUUCACCCAGAUGAUUCGAGAAGGAGGGGCCAAGUCACUCUGGCGGGGCAACGGCAUCAACGUACUCAAAAUUGCCCCCGAGUCGGCCAUCAAAUUCAUGGCCUAUGAGCAGAUCAAGCGCCUAGUUGGGAGUGACCAGGAGACGCUGAGGAUUCACGAGAGGCUUGUGGCAGGGUCCUUGGCGGGGGCCAUCGCCCAGAGCAGCAUCUACCCGAUGGAGGUCCUGAAGACCCGGAUGGCCCUGCGCAAGACAGGCCAGUACUCGGGCAUGCUGGACUGCGCCAGAAAGAUCCUGGCCAGAGAGGGCAUGUCUGCCUUCUACAAGGGCUACGUUCCCAACAUGCUGGGGAUCAUCCCGUAUGCGGGAAUAGACCUGGCCGUCUACGAGACGCUCAAGAAUGCCUGGCUGCAGCGCUAUGCGGUGAACAGUGCAGACCCCGGCGUUUUUGUGCUCCUGGCCUGUGGCACCAUGUCCAGCACUUGCGGCCAGCUGGCCAGCUACCCACUGGCCCUGGUCAGGACACGGAUGCAGGCCCAAGCCUCCAUUGAGGGCGCCCCGGAGGUGACCAUGAGCAGCCUCUUCAAACAGAUCCUGCGGACCGAGGGGGCCUUUGGCCUGUACCGGGGGCUGGCCCCCAACUUCAUGAAGGUGAUCCCCGCCGUGAGCAUCAGCUAUGUGGUGUACGAGAACCUGAAGAUCACCUUGGGCGUGCAGUCGCGGUGACGGGAGGGAGGGCAGCUCCACCUGCGGACUCGCUGAUCCUGGGCCUGCAGCCCUGGGAUGUGUAGCCAUCUCAUUCUGUGAAUGUGCCAACACUAAGCUGACUUAAGCCAAGCUGUGAAAACCCUGGGAUGCGCCUGCCCAGGAGAGGGGAAGAGCUGGCAGGCCCACUGGGUUUGUCCUGCUGUCCCUGGCCGACCCCUCUGUCUGUUCCAGGAAGACCCUUGGGCAUCCCUUGGGGUCCAGGGCUCAGCAGGACACAGGCUCAUGCGCGUGGGGACAGAAUGUUUCCUGCAGUGCCUGCCAAGCAGCAAAGCUGGGAGGCCAGCUUAGUUUUUUCAUCGUGUCCUCGCGGCCUGACCAUUGGCGCCGGCCACCUUCUGGGCUGCUGGGCAUCUUCCCCAGGCCCACCUUGCUUCCUUCUUCGCUGCUGUUUCAAAUGGUAGAGGGAGGGCCACUAGCCCACUCCCCACGCCCUCCUCACUCCUCUCUCCUCAGUCUGUGGGGAAGAGUUGUUCUACCUGACUUAACUCCGACUUCCUGACCUACAGCCUUGCUGCUGGCUGGGUUGUGCAGGGGAGGGGGAGGAGUCUGGCUUCUGAGCUCCCCCAUCUGAGCCCUGCUAUUGGCUUCUGGGCUGCCUCUGAUGGGCACCUGGAUGCGCAUGUGCCUGAGGUGGGCAAGGGGCUGCCUGGCAUCCUGGCGCAUGGCUGCACGGAAGGGCCUCCGCUCCCGGCUGCCGGGGGCUCCUGGGGCUCUGAGCUGGCCCCAGCCUCCAUCAGGACUGGCACCAGCUCAGAACCAACUCCCUGUCCCCGCACUGGCAUGAGGGCAGCGGGCGUUGUGUUGGAGCAGGAAGGGCAGUUUCUGCUCCAAGUCUGCGUGCCCUGUUGAGAAAGAAAAGGUGUUCAAGGCCUUAAUUAUGUAUUGUUGGGAAAAGGGUUUUGUUCAGAAAGACAAGCUGGACAAAUUUGCAAGUUCCGUUCUUCCAGAGGGAAGACAAAGGGAGCCGAUGGCUUGGCCGAUGCAUUAAAGUCUGUUUCUGACGCCCCGGGGGGUUCGUGUCCAAUCCCAACGGGGACAAAGUGGGACCAGCCUCUCAUUCCACUGAUGCAACAUAUCACACUGCUUGGAGCCUAUUUAUUUCGUAUUUAUUUGAACAGAGUUAUGUCCUAACUAUUUUUAUAGAUUUGUUUAAUUAAUAGCCUGUCAUUUUCACGUUCA